GGGUUGUGCAUUGAGAAGAGCCCUUCAGUGUUGGACGCUUGAUUGGUCGGAGUGUGUUGUUUGCAGGGUGUAGUUAGAGAAAGUGCAUAAUGUUAGCCAAGCAGGCCUAUCCUCUGGUUUGGGAAGGUGAGGACUCAGGCUAUGGACUCUGACUGGUAGGUAGCAGCUUAACCAGGGGCAAGCCUGAAUCAGAAGAGCUUUGACUGGAGGGACGUGUUCUGGAUUCCCAGACACCAAGAGAAAGAGAGCACACAUUUGGGAGCGCAGGCACCUAGGGCAGGCUGUGGAGAAUGCCGUAAGACAUGGGCUCCCGCAGCAGCAGUAACGCCGGCUCGGGCGGUCGGGAUCGCCAGGGCAGCUGGUUGCCGAGGGACUCCGGGGUCCUGCGCAGUGAGGAAGAGGACGACGAAGACGAGGAUGUGGAUCUGGCCCAGGUACUGGCAUAUCUACUGCGCAGAGGACAGUUUCAUCUGAUGCAGGGCGGGGGAGCAGCCAGCGUCCAGGUGGUCCACGCGCUAUCCGACUCGGACGACGACAGUGACAGUGCGUGGGAAGGGCGGUUGGGAGAUCAGUAUAAGCCUGCAGUGGAUCUGGCUCCCGACACCCGCGGCCUGGAGAACAACGAGAUCAGAACACGCAUCCAGUUGGCGACAGGGAGGCUGCGACCCGGGCGGACCGUCCGUAGUAUCCCCAAGCUGCUUUGCCAGAGAGAGCGUGGCCUCUGCCAUAACAGCAGCUUCUCCCCCGGCGAGUGCUCGCGGGUGGUGUCGCACUUUCUCCCCAACUACUUGACCUUCACGGACUCCUACUCUCAGAAGGCCUUCUGCGGGAUCUAUUCCCAGGAUGGACAGCUGUUUAUGUCAGCUUGUCAAGACCAGACAAUCCGCUUGUACAACUGCUCCUAUGGAGCCUUCCGGAAAUUCAAGAGUAUCAAAGCGCGGGACGUGGGCUGGAGCGUGCUCGACGUCGCCUUCACGCCAGACGGGGCGCACUUCCUUUACUCCAGCUGGUCCAAUUACAUUCACAUCGGCAACAUCUAUGGCGAGAGCGACGCCCACACGGCCCUGGAUCUGAGGCCCGAAGAGCGCCGCUUUGCUGUCUUUUCCCUCACAGUCUCCUCAGACGGACGGGAAGUGCUGGGAGGGGCCAACGACGGCUGCAUCUACAUCUUUGACAUGGAGCAGAAGAAGCGGACGCUCAAGAUUGAGUCCCACGAAGACGACGUGAAUGCCGUGGCCUUUGCCGACAACAGUUCCCACAUCGUGUUCUCCGGGGGCGACGAUGCCAUCUGCAAAGUGUGGGACCGGCGCACCAUGAGGGAGGGCAACCCCAAGCCGGUGGGCAUCCUGGCCGGCCACCGGGAUGGCAUCACCUUCAUAGACAGCAAAGGAGAUGCCCGAUACCUCCUCUCCAACUCCAAGGACCAGACCAUUAAGCUUUGGGACAUGCGGAAGUUCUCUGGCCGCGAGGGGCUGGAAGCGUCCCGCCAUGCCGUCACCCAGCAGAACUGGGAUUACCGCUGGCAGCAGGUGCCCAAGAAAGCACAGCGCAAGUCGAAGCUCCCGGGCGACAGUUCGCUCAUGACGUACCGAGGCCACGGAGUGCUGCACACCCUGAUCCGCUGCCGUUUCUCCCCGGCCCACAGCACCGGGCAGCAGUACAUCUACAGCGGCUGCUCGACGGGCAAGGUGGUGGUAUAUGAUCUCCUCAGCGGCCAUAUUGUGAAGAAACUGACUGAACAUCGAGCCUGCGUCCGCGACGUCAGCUGGCACCCCUACGAGGAGAAGAUUGUCAGCAGUUCGUGGGACGGCAACCUCCGGCUGUGGGAAUAUCGCCAAACGGAAUACGACGAAGACGCUUUCCGGCACCCCCAGCAGCUCCCCAGCAACAGAGAAUCACGCCCCAAAUCCUGCUCUUCGGGAGCCUCCGACCAGUAGCCGUCCUGUGCUGCUGGCCACCGUACUGCAGUUUUGGACUUUUCCGGGGGAGGGGGGGUUAGGAGGGAUCUAGGAACACUCGUGGGGGGCGGUGCGAGCUCCAGUGUGCCCCUCUUCACAGAUCAUGUGCCGAGGGCUGGCCGAGAGGGCCGGCAGCCAUCAGA